AUGGAAAGAUCGGAAGGCACUGCAGAUGGAAGCAUGAUCGUGGUGGAGCGGGAAACCUGGUACUUCACGUGCGAUCUGGCGACAUCUUUUUCGAUCGGGUUGUCCCUUACAAGGGCCAGGUAA